AUGUCAAUUCUUAAUCUGGUAAAAUAUUAUUUGCAGGGUCGCUUCGAGAUACCGUCAUUAACUGGUUCAUUCACAGUCAGUGAUACAAGUGGUGUGAGAAGUAGGACUAGUGGAUUGAGUGUCUCGUUGGCUGGACCCGAUGGGCGUGUUAUAGGUGGUGGACUUGCUGGUUUAUUACUGGCUGCUAGCCCUAUCCAGAUUGUGGUGGGGAGUUUCAUGCCAAAUGGUUACAAGGUACAUAAAAGGAAGCAUCAUCGAGAACAUGAUAGAGUGACAGCAUCAAGACUAAUUUCACAGGUAAAACCUGAUGGCGGGAAGAUCUGUUUGACCACAAUAACUCCAAUAAUGGGGCAAAACCACCCAGAAAUGAAUAACAUAAGAAACAAUGAACAACUGCCAAAUGUCACAUCAUCCCCUAGUCUGGGUUGGAAUGGCUCACAGACCACAUCUAACCAGGGGUCAUCUCCUGAUAUCAAUGUGUCUUUGCUCAGUGAAUAGGAUGUACAAGGUAUAUUGUAUUUGACGUUCAUUUUCAGGCGUAUCUGAAGA